AUGGGUACAGCUACUAUAAAAUCGGGGUCCAUCAACCUCCUCAACACCAUCAUUGGCGCAGGAAUUCUUGCCAUGCCAUUUGGGCUCAAGAGCAACGGGUUGCUUUUGGGAUGCUUGUUGAUCGUCUGGUCGUCGUUGACGUCCUCAUUCGGGUUGUAUUUGCAGAACAAAGUGGCCAAGUACACCCAGCAGCAAGGAGCCAUUUCGUACUUCAGUUUGGCUCAGAUAACCUACCCCCACUUGUCGGUGGUUUUCGACUCGGCCAUUUCCAUCAAGUGCUUUGGUGUAGGGGUCAGCUACUUGGUGGUGAUCGGUGACUUGAUGCCCAAGAUCAUGGAGAGCUUGCACGUCGCGGAAGAGUCGUUGUUGAUGCACCGCAACUUCUGGAUCACUCUCUUCAUGGCCGUCAUCGUGGUUCCGUUGUCGUACUUGAAGAAAUUGGACUCCUUGAAAUACACCUCGGUUGUGGCGUUGUUCUCGGUAGUGUAUUUGAUCUGCUUGGUCAUCGAGCACUAUGCCGUCAACGACAUCCCUAUUGAGAACAAGACCAUCACCUGGUUUGGUCCCGUGUCCUUGAAGUCCACCCUCAGCUCGUUCCCCAUCUUCGUGUUUGCCUACACCUGCCACCAAAACAUGUUUGCCAUUAUCAAUGAGUUGAAGCCGCUGGACAAACACGGCUCCACCACCAGACAGUCCAAUUUGAUUAUCAGAAACGCCAUCACCACCGCAGCUGCUUCGUACUUGAUCGUGGGUAUAAUCGGAUACUUGAGUUUUGGAGACUCGGUCAAUGGUAAUAUCAUCACCAUGUAUCCAAGAGACUCGAUCCUGUCUCUUAUUGGCCGUCUUUGCAUCGUUAUCAUGGUCAGUUUGUCUUUCCCAUUGCAAUGUCACCCAUGCCGUGGCUCCAUCAACCACGUUCUUCACUUCCUCACUGUAGGUAUCACGUCCUCCAAGACUAGAUCUACCCACCAGGCCCAAGGCUACACGUCAUUACAGUCAGACAUCGAGUCUUUGAACUCAAUCACCAGCGAGUCUAUCCAGGACGAAUCUUUUAUCUCCACAACCCCAGUGGAAGGUGCCCAGGAUACCGAUGGCCACUCACCUAUUAUUGUCCCUUUGACCACCAAGAGGUUCUACGUCAUCACCACCAUCAUUGUUACCUUGUCCUACUUGGUGGCUAUUACCGUCACAUCUUUGGAACAUGUGUUGGCUUUUGUUGGAUCCACUGGGUCCACCUCCAUUUCGUUUAUUCUUCCAGGUUUAUUUGGCUACUUAUUGAUUAAGCCAAUAAACGGCGCCACAGAAUUGAAUAGAUUGGAGCUUUGUUGCAAGUAUGGAGGCUUGGCUUUGGCUAUCUGGGGUGUUAUUGUCAUGAUUGUAUGUUUAGGUGCUACAAUCUUCUUGGGUGCAACUCAUUAA